CUCCUCCUCCUCCUCCUCCUCACCGGCUCUGCCUUCCCCACCUCCCGCCGCUCUCAGUCCUCUCCGUACCCAGCCCCGGGUGCCACCGAACUCUCUGCUCGGCACCGGUGGCAGAGAGCCCCCUGUUCCCCCCUGUCCCCGACCCCGGCCAGCAGUGGUGACACAAGGUCAAGGCCAUGGACCCCAAGGACCGCAAGAAGAUCCAGUUCUCGGUGCCGGCGCCCCCCAGCCAACUGGACCCCCGUGCCGUCGAGAUGAUCCGCCGGCGGAGGCCCACGCCAGCCAUGCUCUUCCAGCUCUCCGAACACUCAUCCCCAGAGGACGAGAACCUGCCCUACCAGCGUGCCUCCGGCGAGGGCUGCCUGCUCAAACCAAAGAGGACCAACCCGUGUGCCUACACGCCACCCUCGCUCAAAGCGGUGCAGCGCAUCGUGCAGUCCCACCUGGAGAGCGGCCUGGCCGGGGGUGACAGCUCCGACGGGGAGGCUGAUGACGGGGACCACGAGCUGUCCCGUGCCUGUGACCCCGACAGUGUCCUCGAGUCUGCCCCGGGGAGCCAGGUCAGAGCCGAGCGGAGCUACUUCCCCGCUGGCCCCAAGGCGCACAAACGGAAAGGCGGGCAGAAGGUCUCCUUUGCGGGUGGCAUGGAGGAGCGCGGGGACGCCCUGAAGUCGCUGACAGUGUCUGAGAUCCCCGAGGACCCCGAGGGACCGGAGGGUGACGAGGAGGAGCCGGGACGGGAGCAGGAGGACGACGGCACCGGGGAGCGGCGACACGUCGGCUUCGCGGAGGUGCCCUCGCGCCCCAUCGGCACCGAGCGCCACUCGCCCACCUUCCCGCUGGGCACCAGUUAGCCAACAGUGGCCACCACCGGCCACCAGCGGCCACCACCGGCGGCCCCCGCCCGCAGCAGCUUCGCCUGUGCCCCCCCCGCCGCUGCCUGCCCUGCCUGCGCUUCGUGUGCCACGACAGUGACCAUGGCCAUGGCGUGCCAUGACCGUGACCGUGACCUUGACCAUGACCGUGACCUUGACCAUGACCGUGGCCAUGCAGACCAGACCCCCAGCCUGGCCAUGGCCCCCCCGCUUCGGUGCCGGGGGUCCCGUCCCCGGGGACCCCCCGGAAGGGGCCGCCGCCCCGGUUGCCGGGGCAGGAGCCGGGGAUGGGACCCCCCUGGGGCUGUGGGGUCUGGGCUCCCCCAAAGCUCCUGCCCCCCGCCCGUCGAGCAGAGCCCCCCUCCCCGCAAUAAACGGCUGUACAGAGA